CACGAGCAGAUGUACUGAGCGCAACAGGCGGGACACAGCCAGGGGUUGACUCUCCGCCUGUGACUCCUCAAACUUGGAGAUGAGAAAAGCUCUUUUUCGUCUUUUCUGUGCUUAGCAUUUGUUUAGAUUGUGUUUUCAUUUUGUUCAGACAUACUUUGAAGUACUCAUCUGGAAUAAGUCAUUUAACAACAGAAAAUGGAGCGGACAACAUCUUUGAAACUUUGUUGGCGCUUUAACAAGUUGAUGUCAAUUCUCGCUUGCAUAUGGUGUCAGUUGAGCGUCAGCGCGGGAUACAACUUGGAUGUUUACCAUUCGCUUAAUUUCACUGGACCUAACGCAUCUCUUUUCGGAUAUUCUGUGUUGCUUCAUGAGUAUGAGAGCCAAACUUGGUUAGUGGUGGGUGCCCCAGUCGCUGAUUCAGCCUACAACAGGGUCAAAACACCUGGAGCAAUCUUUAAAUGCAGUGUCUCAAACAAGGGCAGCUGCCAGGAGAUGACUGUUGCCAGUGAUACAUACUGUGGAAAGACCUGUACUCCAGAGAUUGAGAACCAAUGGCUGGGAGUGAGUCUGGCAAGAGAGCCGGUCACCGGCACUGUGAUGGCUUGUGGGCAUCGUUGGAAAAAUGUAUAUUACGCCAAGAUAGAGAAUCAUAAGUUGCCACAUGGCAGAUGCUUCAAGAUUGAGGCCAAUCUCAAGAAUCCUGUUCCACUGACUCCAUGCUACAGAGAUCACCAGCGAAAAUUUGGUGAGGACUACGGGUCCUGUCAAGCAGGAAUGUCAAACUUUUUGACAGAGGACCUGGUUAUCAUGGGUGCCCCUGGAACAUCAUAUUGGACCGGGUCUGUUCUUGUCUAUAAUUCAUCAAGCAAUGUCCUGUCAGCAUAUCUGGAUGAAGACAGUAUGGUUCUCUAUGGCAGCUAUCUAGGUUACUCUGUGGGCGCAGGACACUUUCUGAGUGCCCACAGCACAGAGGUAGUGAGCGGAGCACCCCAGCAUGGGCAGACUGGUAGAGCGUACAUUUUACGGACUGAAGGGAACGUUCUGAAAAUAGUCGAAACGAAUCUGCAAGGCACCAAGCUGGGGUCCUACUACGGGGCAAGCGUAUGCGCCGUAGACCUGAACGCUGACGGCCUCUCGGACCUGCUGGUGGGGGCCCCCAUGUACAGCACCGUGCGGGAGGAGGGCCGCGUGCACGUCUACAUCAACCAAGGCGAGGCAAACAUGAAGGAGUUGGAAUUUACCUUAGAGGGGAGUGACGCAUAUGCUGCACGCUUUGGAGAGACCAUCACUAACCUUGGAGAUAUUGAUGAUGAUGGAUUCUCUGACGUGGCAGUAGGAGCGCCUCAUGAGGACGACCUGCGAGGCGCUAUAUAUAUCUACAAUGGGAGGAAGAAUGGCAUCAGGCAGAGCUUUUCUCAAAGAAUCACAGGGAAGACCUUGGGCAACGACCUCAAAAUGUUUGGUCAGUCCAUCUCCGGAGGCGUUGAUGUUGAUGGCAAUGGUUUCCCAGAUGUUGCUGUAGGUGCAUUCCUCUCUGAUGCAGCGGUGGUGCUUCGGACGCGCCCUGUGGUGAAGGUGGAGGCCUCCAUGGUGCUGCCCGCCAACGUGAACCGCUCCCUGCCGCUGUGUUCCGAGAACGGCCAGCGCGCCGUCUGCAUCUACGCUAGGAUGUGUUUCACUGUCACGGGCCGCCGCCUUGAUGGACGCAUCAAAAUGCUCUACAACAUUACUGCUGAUGUGAAUCACAAAGAAGGCUUCCCCUCACGCUUCCAUUUCCACGGCAACGGAACCUCCAACAUUACCAGAGGCCACAUCUGGGCCAAGGCUGGCGAGUCAGUUUGUCAGACCCACCAGGCCUUCAUGAGGAAGGACAUCCGUGACAUCUUCACUCCCAUCCAUUUCGAGGUGCGGUACGAACUUGGGGAGCACAGCACCUCUAGGGCAGGAUCCCGCGACUUCCCCCUGCUCAAGCCCAUGCUGCAGCAGACGGGUGACCACAACAACGUGGUGACAGAGAAGACUGAGUUCGCUCGAUACUGCGCCUGGGAAAACUGCUCAACCAACCUGCAGGUUUCAGCACACCUGGUCUUACCCCAGAGCUUCAACAACAUGUCCUACUUUGCUCUGGGGUCCGGGAAGACCAUCAUGCUCAACACGACGCUGCUCAAUGCCGGAGACGACGCCUUCCUGCCCAAGAUGCGCCUCCGAUUCCCCAGUAGUCUGCACUACAUUAAAGUGCUGGACGCUGAGGAGAAAUAUGUCAGCUGUGACAUUGUGGAGGAAAACAAAACCACCAUUGGACUGGACUGCAGCGUGGGCAAUCUGUACCUCGCAGCGCUGGCAAAGAUCAACAUCAGCUUUCUGCUGGACGUGAACCAGAGCAGUCCAGAUAAUCUGACCAUCAGUAUCCACAUGGCAAGUGAUAAUUAUGAGAAUGAGGACCUUCUGUAUGACAACACUGCAGCCCUUUCAUUACCUGUGAAAUAUGGCGUCGCCCUUGCAGUUCAUGGUUUUGUGUCUCCCACAUCAUUUGUAUUUGGGGAGCAACAACCCAUACCAGUUGAGUGCUACACAGAGAGGUUAAAUUACACAUAUAAGGUUGUAAACCUUGGUCCAAGUAAAUCUGUCAAAACAAAACUGGAAAUUGAUAUUCCUCAAUCCUUAACCCCAUAUGACCACCGGUUAAUGAAGAUUUCUGAGGUUCAGACAUCAGCUGGAGACUGCUUUGUGAGGAAUGACACACUUUGGACAACCACUGACUGUGAUGUCCCCAAAUCUUCAUUCCUCUACGAACUAGUUUUCUUCUUCUCAAAAGUCAGCAAACGCAGAAUGUACUGCUCCAGAGGGGACAGCCUGUGUAUGACGGUGGAGUGUAACCUUGGAGACAUGGAGAUUGGGAAGGAGGUGACCGUUCAGAUGGAGGUGGAGCUGAACCCCACUGUUCUCCAGAUCAUGCCUGGAAGACAAGGAGUGAUGCUGUUGGAAAGCCUGAGCAUGGUCUCCUCUCCGAAGACAGACCCCAAUACCUAUUUGCUGCAAGACCCCAUCUCUGCUUCGGUGCUGGUGGAGGCCCAUCAUAACCAGAAGCCAAAUGUGUACGUGGGCGUCUUCAUCAUCGUGCUGAGUCUCAUCAUUGGCCUGCUCAUCCUGGCCAUGCUCAUACUGAUGCUAUGGAAGGCUGGAUUCUUCAAGAGGAGUUUGAAGGAGAAGCAGGAGGAGUUCCGGAGGGACAGUUGGGACUACGUGCCAAAAAACACCAAAAGCGAGAGUUCGUCUUAAUCGAGAGGCGACGUCCUACACCACGAAUAAGACUUCCAAAACCACGUGGAAACGACUAGGAGAGACAAGGGAAACAACACGGACUGGUGCUCCAUUCUGACAAUAGCCCAGAAGCAUGGAGGCAAAGAUACCACUCAUAUGAUUGGUAAAUGGUCUAAUAAUUGUGCCAAAAAUGCAUCUCCUAAUUGAGUCCUGGCAAGUGAAAACGAAUUGGAGAUCUCUGUCAGUGCGAAUGACAAAAUGCACUUUAGCGCUGGAACGGCUGAGUUGGACUGAGUGGCGCUGGCUGUUCUGGAGGUGCGAGAUGAGCGUCCCGCUUGCCAACAGUGCAUUCCUCUCCUCCUUCCAGCAUUUUCCGUUUUACUAUUUGAACAUGAAGGGCUAUUCACUCGUACCUGCUGUAAAAGACUAUUUUUUUUUCUUUUUUUUUUAAAUGCACUGUUAAAAAUGUCAACCAUGUCCAUCACCCCCUCCCAUAACCAUUUAACAAAUCGCUCACUUACUUCCAAGUAAAGCAAAGAAAGAUGUCUUCACACCUAUGAGCACACACACACACAGACACACACACACACACAGUAUAUGAAACAACCUGCACGAUGCACAUGUGAAAAACUGCUGAAGCAGGGCUUGAUCUGAAACCACCACCACUUCCUGUUGUGUCGAGGUUCCUCUGGUUAAUGGAAUACACCACUCUACACUGCAUGGAUGCCACACAGCCGAGGCUGCUGCUUUGCAUCGCUGGGACGCUGGUGACCGAGGAGGCUGCAGCGCAGCGUUGAUAGUGGCACGGGCUGCCACAGCGGAGAUGUGGCCAGCAGGGGCGACAUACGCCAUCACACAGCACAACUCUCCCCUCAUGCAAUAUGGGGACACAGGCGCCGUUGAGGACGUCGAAAACACACACA